AUGUCAGACUGAUAUCCAGGGUGGGGCUACAUUUGGGGAGUUGAGAAAGCCUGGACACUUCUCCCACACCAUCUACUUUCCCACCUCCUCCCACAAAUACAUUCGAUUUCCCGUCACUUUAACAGAGAGCGGCGGAACGCUCAAACCAUUUGAGUUGUGGUAAACUAUUUUGUUUGCAGGUCAUGACUGAAACUGAUUCCCCCAGCACCGUCCAGAACAAGUUCACAAACGGAAUCAACAAAGAAAUCGAUUUAGUCAACCGGGAUCCCAAGCACAUCAACGAGGAUGUGGUAAAGAUAGAAUUUGAUGAUGUGUUCGCGGAACCCGAGGGGAGCUACAGCCUGGACAAAGUGUGGAAAAUCAGCUUCACAACCUUCACUGUGUCUAAGUACUGGUGCUACCGAAUACUGUCUGCUAUCUUCGGCGUCCCCCUGUCUGUGUUCUGGGGUCUCUACUUUGCCUGCCUCACCUUCUGUCACAUCUGGACCAUUCUGCCCUGCAUCAAGAGCUGCUUGAUCGAAAUGCAUUGCUUCAGUAGGAUCUACUCCCUCUGCAUUCACACCUUCUGUGACCCCUUUUAUGAAGCCCUGGGCAAAUUAUUCAGCAGCAUUCGUGUCACUUUACAUAAGGAAGUUUAGUUUCUCAUUAUGUCUUCUAUCAACAUAUGUACCCUUACAGAAGGCUUGUCUGCUAAAUUGCCAUAUUACAUUCAGAACUUUUUCUCUUAAAAUUGUAAUUCGCUUUUACUGUUGAUAUGGUCGUAACUUUAUCUCACCAUUUUUGAUCAUUGUGAAGUUCUAAAAAUGUCUAAGAAUUCAUAGACAAACA